UAUCAAGUGAGGAUUAAUUGGAUAUAUGUGUAUCAGUAUGUAUAGGAUGAUAUUGAUAUAUUGCACGGUGCACUACAUUGGCAAAUGACUGAAAUUUUACCAUUUAAUAUUAGACAAGAUACAAUAAAACAACUUUCUGAUAAAAUAUAUUUAUCACUAUUAAUUAAGAAAAAAAUUAUUUCAAGAAUGCUUCACAAACCCUAUAGGAAUACAUAUCAAGAUCAUUAGUGUGGCGUGGUAUUCUAAAUCUAUGUCAGAGAGUUGUUUGACCUGUGAUAUCUUAGAAUUUAGAUAUCGUCAAUUCUGAAAUCUAUAUCUGAUAUGUAUCGAAGUUCAGCGAAAUUUUAUUUGUUAUAGGUAAUUAUUAUAUUAUUUAAUGUCAAAUUACACAAUAGUAAUGUGUACUAUAAUGAAUUAAUGACAUAUGUCUUAUACGUGAUAUGGACUGUGAUACUUUAAUAAAUUGUGAAAUAAACAGAUUAAUCCUUCAAUUUAAAAUGCAAAUAAUAUAGGAACAGCUCAUAAUCAUGAAUGUUAUAGGUUAUCAUACUAUUGUAUUUUAAUGUCUUAAAAAACAAAAGAAAUUUAUAAUGUUCCUAUUUUAUACAAUAUAUAUUGUAUUGUCAAAAAAGAAAUUUUAUCAACUGGAAGUUUAAUAUUCAUAAUAUAAGAUUUUUUUCUCUUGUUAUGGUGGCUGUGCAAUUAUUUAAUCAUCGGAAUUUAAUUAAUCUUGAAAUAAAUAUUUUUUUUGGAUAAAAAUAUUAAUGAGAUAUUUAUAAAAGUAUGAAAUAUUUAUAAAAGUAUAUAAUCAAAGAUGGCAAUAAUUUAUUUUUGUGCUUAUAUCCUUAAUAUUUGAUAAUCAUUAUAAUGGAUAUAUCAUGACAUGAUUUUUUUGGAUAUUAUAAUUAAUAAAAAAUCUCUUCUCUUGAAGCAACAUAUAAAAUAGAAAGAUGGAUAGUUCAGAAUAUGAGACUGUACGAAAUAUGACACUUUUAUUUUUUCUGGAACUUCUUGUGGAUAAAGGUGGUCCACGUACUUUACAUGAUUUAAGUUGUCAAUUUGGAGCUAAAGGAUUUACAAAAGAAAUGCGCCAAAUAGCUGGUGGAUCACAAAGUGGCCUUAAAAAGUUUUUAGCUCAAUAUCCAAUGCUUUUUAUUAUUAAUGGUGAUUAUGUAUCAGUAAAUACUUUUCAACAAGUUGUAGAAGAAGAAAAUGGAUGUAAAUUAGGAGGUAAACGCGAUUAUGCUCGAGAGGCUGUAGAAUAUUUUACAAAUAAAUUAAUGCAGUAUGGAAUUGGUACAGAAGUACCAAUAAAGAGUCUUUUAGGACAUCGAUCCCAAGCUUCUCCAGAAGUUAGACAUAUUUCUGGUCAACACUAUAAAGAAUUUAGAGAUUUUCUUUUAAAAUAUCCUGAUGCUUUUGUAGUUACUGAAGAUAAUGUAAUGUUAAAACAAUAUGAAGGCAUGAAAGCAGAACCUUUUGUAGAAUUAGAACCAGAUAUACCUAUAGAUCCAGAAAUUACUGCAAAAUUAUUAGAUUUUCUUUGUGAAUGCAUUGAACAAAAGGGUCCAAUUCUUGUAGAUCAAAUGUUUAAUAUAGUUAAUGAUAAAUUUUCAUACGAAAAUUGGACUUCAAUAUUUAAAACACCACAGGAUUUGUGUACAUUUGUCAAAAUGUUCCCAGAUGCAUUUCACGUUCAAAGUAAUUUAGUAACAUUAAUUGGAAGACCUAAGUCUUCUACCAUAGAAGGAAAAGCAAAAACAAGAUUUACAAAUUCUUCACGAAGUCAAAAUAGUACUGCAAGUCAAACAAAUUUAAAUCAAAUUAUUCAAUCAAGCAAUACUCAAACAUCUCAACAAAUAAUUAAUUCAGAAUCUACUAAUAUCAAUAUUACAAGCCAGAUUAAUAAUAUACAAAAUUCUCAUUUUCCAUCAAUUGAAAGCAAUAAUACUUCUCCGAUAAGCUUGCAACAACAAACUUUAAAACAAAGAAUAAAUACACUUGUAAUGAAGACUUUGGCAGAUAAUACAGAAAAGGAUAGAAGUUUACAAACUAUGCAAAUGGGGGAUGCUUGGAAACUAAAGGUAUUGCAACAGACAAGAGUAAUAGUAAAUCCAAGAGAAAGUCUUCAAAUCAUAGAAGAUAUAAUAAAUCCUCGUAAACCUCCUUCUGAUGGUAAAAUUGUUAUUUCAUUUGAUUGUGAAGGAAUAAAUUUAGGAGUUAAAGGACAAUUGACACUUGUACAAAUUGGAACUAUGUCUGGUCAAGCAUAUGUAUUUGAUUUAUUUGCUUGUCCUAAUCUUGUACAAGCUGGAGGCCUUCAAAAACUUCUAGAACAUAAAGAUGUUAUUAAAGUAAUUCAUGAUUGUAGAAAUGACAGUGUCAAUUUGUACAGACAGUUUAAGAUUAUGUUGAAUAAUGUUUUUGAUACACAGGCAGCUCAUGCUGUAUUGCAGUUUCAAGAAACUGGAAAACCUGUAUAUAAAGUUAAAAAUGUUAAUUUGAAUACACUAUGUGAUCAUUAUGGUGCUCCAAGUAAUCCAUUAAAAGAACAAUUGAAAAAUAUUUAUCGUAAUAAUCAAAGAUAUUGGUGUAGGCGUCCAUUAACACGAGAUAUGCUCAUUUAUGCUAGUAGUGAUGUUUUGAGUUUAGUUCCACAAAUAUAUAUUUCCAUGUCUAGACUCAUAAAACCAGAAGUACAAGUUCUUUUUAAUGAGUUGUGUGAGGAACAAAUUCAAUUACAUAUCAAACCUGCAGAAGUAAAAGCACGAAAAAAGCAACGAAAAGUGGAAACAGAAGUCGCAGAUUUAAAAAAAAGAAUGGAAGAAGCAACCACCAAAAAUAUUGUUUUAAGUAAUCGUGAAAUACGUCUUUUGCGUUAUCUUGAUCUUACUGAGGAUGAAAAAGAGAAAUUGAAAGGCAGUUACAAAGUUGCAAGAAAAUUAGAAAAACUUGAAAAUAUGGGUCAAGAUAAAGGAGAAAGUAGCGAUGAUGAUGAUGAAGAUAAAAUUGAAGAUUCAGAAUAUCAUAGUAUGGAAAGUUAUACUUCUGAAAAUUCACAUUCAGGUGGUAUAUUGUCACCAAGAAAUUCUGAUACACCAAGUCUUACAGAAUCAAUGCAAAUGGUAGAUGAAAUUCUAUCUGAUGGACGAAUGGAUAGAUUUGAAAAGAUCGAAAAACUAGAAGCUAUUCUUUCAGCUGUUACUGGUUCUGCAACUGAUCAAUUUUCCUCAAGCAGUGCAGAUGUAUCUCCAACAAAAUGUGUAUGUUCGUGUCAAGAUAAAAAUAAAAGUCCACAAUCAGAUCGUAAUUCUCUGAAUAGUGUGGCUUGCCAAACAUAUAGUACAGGUGAUAUAGUAAUUACCAAAAUAUUUCUCACAGAAGAAGAAAAAGAACGUAUAGAUUUACUGAAUUCGCCAAAAAAGUAGUAUGUUUUAGUUAUUGUGAAAGUGUUAAGAAAGGAAGUUGCCAUUAUUAGAUUUUUACAAAAAAGAGAAAUUAAAAA